GGAAUCAUCAUCAUCAUCUCAGGGUAUGUUCAUGAACUUCGAAAAAAAAAAUACCGCCACCCCAACACCAGUCAUUUCCAGGAUCAUAUCCUCACAGGCUCUCCAUAAUCAUUAAGAACCUGUUUAAACGCGUACUGUGUCACGGGUUCUCGAAGUGGAACUUUUUGGGACCAUAGGUACAGCUUCUUUGCGGCGAGCGCUUCCGGUAGUCGGAGCCAGCACCAGCACAUUCAAAUUUCCUGCUACUACAUAGGACUGCAUCAGUGCGGUCUUUUUAUCUGCUUCUGUAUCCCCAAUGUCGUCCUCCCAGUUUUCUCUGUUCGAUUUGCUCUCGCGAAUGAAUCACUCAUAUUGGAAACCCUUUACCUAUAUUUCCUCCAAGCCUGGCAAGGGAGUCCGUACACUGCUCCUCGAGGCUUUCAACAUCUGGCUUGCAGUCCCGUGCGAUCAAUUCAAGAUCAUAGACUGUGUUGUUCAAAUGCUGCACAAUGCAAGCUUGAUGAUCGAUGACAUAGAGGAUGACGCGCAGCUGCGAAGGGGACAGCCUGUGACGCAUAAAAUAUACGGCGUCCCGCAAACUAUUAAUACCGCCAACUACGUAUAUUUCUUGGCCUAUAGGGAGCUCGCGAAGCUGAGAAGACAAUGCGCUAAAGAUUUGGAUCUGAUAGUCACAGAAGAGCUUUUGAACUUACACCGUGGGCAGGGGAUGGAGAUCCUGUGGCGGGAUUUGUUGCAGUGUCCAACGCUGGAAGAGUAUACUUAUAUGGUCAACAAUAAGACCGGCGGUGGUUUUAGGAUGCCUGUCAAGUUGAUGAUGGCGCUCGCAACGAAAAACCUCGAUGUCGAUUUUAUCCCUCUGGUGAAUAUCAUUGGGGUGUACUUCCAGAUUCGGGAUGACUACAUGAACUUGCAAAGUACAGAGUACAACGACAAUAAGGGCUUUGCAGAAGAUCUCACAGAAGGCAAAUUCUCCUUCCCAAUUGUUCACGGAGUCCGUACGGAUGACCAGAAUAAAGUUGUGACGAGCGUGCUACAAAAACGUCCAACCACACCCACUCUGAAACACCACGCCAUUGACUAUCUCCGGACGAAGACAAAGUCAUUUGAUUACACGCUUGUCGUGAUGCAAAGCUUAGAGCAACAGGCCCGGGAGGAGAUUGCACGCCUUGGCGGGAAUCCCAAGCUCGAGAUGAUGCUUGAUGUCCUCCACGUGUGAAAAAUGAUUUGUGUGGAAUGGAGGUCAUGGCCUUCAGCUCAAGUCGCAAGCGAAACUUGGACUUGUGAAAUACUGACUACGUCCUUGAGGAGGUGGAAUUUUGUAGUCACCGUGACUCGGCUAGUCACGAACCUGACUGGUGUUUCUGAAUGUAUUGCAGUUCUUACACAUCAUGUUUCUGCUUUAUUGGCUAAUGUGUGCUUCCCCACUUGACAAGGAGGCGGGUCGUCGCGGGUUUAAAACCGACACUAACGAUGAGUAAGUAUUGGCCCCCUUGGCGGGACUGGGACAUUGGGCUCGAGGGCAAAGAUAAUAUCGAGGUGAUCACACCGAGCGCUAAUAGCCGAUUAACGCACGUUAGGGCAAGAUGCUAAUUAGUUAUGCUCUGGCGAGGAUUCCUUACUUUCGUUGGUGGGUGCGCCAACCAGUCGCAAUGUAACUUCACCUGUAGGUCAUGC